ACGAAGAAGGGGCGAGGCAGUUGGGUCAUACCGUAAACCAGUGGUGGUGGCGUUCUGAGGCACCUACUCUGUUAUGCCUAGUGCAGGUACUUGUUUUCAGUGUAACAGUAGGUGCCAAGUGUGUGAUCGUGAUAUACAAGAGUGAAUGAUACAUCUAGAUGUUCUGGUGUUCCCCCAGGAGGACAAUUUUCACCCGAAUAAACAUUAUUUUCGUGCAGCCGCGUCAGAUUUACUGAAUCCACCCACGAUUACCUGUUCUACAGUAUUUUAAUAUCGUUGAAUCACUCGUCACGACUCAUUGGAGAGAGAGAGUGUCUCAGGAGGUGCAUCAGCCUCUUCAUUAUUAAUCCAACGAUUAUGUAGAGAAUCUGAACGGCUUCUCACCCCCUAAAUUGGUGUGAGUUUAACUGCCAUGACACAAGCUCUCGUGUUAUAAAUAUACGAACACGCGUACUCUCGUGCUAAUACGUGAUUUUUCACUCGGAUUUUUUUUUCCCAUUGUUUUUUUCGACUUCAGUGGGAAUUGGAGAGGACGUGAGGGUGAAGGGAAUCGAGUGAUAUGAUUUUCCAGCGGGUGAAGGGGAUCUUGUGAUAUGAUUUUUACGUAGAAAUUGGGAAAAAGGUGAAGUGGCUGAGGGAGUGGUUGGAGAACAUGGGAAUAUGGGUUUGCGCGUGAAAUACGAGAUGAAAUGGUGUUUGUGGGUUUGCUGGUGGUAUCAGGCACUCUCCGGGGCCAGUGCCUUUCCGGUAACCUCAGUUGACCCGUCAGGAUUCAGAACUGAUAGCUGGGAACAGCGGUAUGCUGUGGGAUCUCUUAUGAUUGGGGUUCUGAUGAUCAUCUGUGUGUUCAGUUGUCUCUGCUGCAGACGAGAGCGAAGAGCCACCAAGGGGUUUCAGAAUUCUGGAGCUGAUCAGUCGCAGGAAUUCAAAGACGUCUCGGGAGUAGUAAACCACACAAUCCUCUCCCGACGUCUCUCGACCGUGGAACUAGAGGUCCCCCGUUCAACCUCUAACAACCGAGUGGAAUUCGAGCCCUUACCAGUUGAUCGUUUUGUCCCCGAUGUGCGUCAGCCAGGCAAACCGAAGCCCCCUUCGCCCUCACUAUUUGAUCGCGAAUUCUCGGACAAUGAGGACAGCCAGAUCCCGAAUCGUGAGUGGUUCUCCCCGGAACUUCACAUCCCCCGCGAGCGUCUUAAAUACCUCCGGGAGAUCGGCAGAGGAUGGUUCGGAAAGGUAGUGGAGGGAACCCAGACCCUCAAUGAAUCCAGAACGCAAGGAAUCGUCGUGAGGAUUCUCACGGAGGAGGCGACUGCUAGUGAGAAAGCUUGGUUCCUCGGAGAGGCUCUUCCGUAUUUAAAACUUCGUCACAGAAAUCUUUUAGAACUCUUUGGAACUUGUCUCGAGACAGAUCCAUACCUGCUCCUGUUCGAGUCCUGUCCGACAGGGGAUCUGAAGGCUUUCCUACGAUCGAAUCGUAAGUCCGAGGCCCUCAGCACCGAGAAAAUCCCCCUGAGAAUGACUUUAGAUAUCUCUUCAGCCCUCGAGCACAUGCAUCAAAAUGGAUUCGCCCACACAGACUUAUCCGCCAGGAACUGCCUCGUGUCCCCAAGUCUCACCAUCAAACUCGGUGACUAUGGUAUCGGGGUUGAAAAGUACCCCGAGGAUUACUAUGUUGUCGGUGAUCGAGCCCUCCCCAUCAGGUGGUCAGCUCCUGAGAGCUUGGUUUGCACAGACACAACCAUUGAAACUCGAGCGAUUACUCCGAAGGCCAACCUCUGGAGCUUCGCUAUUCUUCUUUACGAAAUAGCGAGCUGGGGAGAGCGGCCCUACGACACCCUAGGGGAUGAGCAAGUUAUCGAGAUGAUCCUCUCUUUGAAUUUCGAGUCCCAUCUGAAGCUGGAGGAUCUGCAGAACUCCAAGGGCUUCGUGGAGGCAUUGAAAUCCUGCUGGAAGAUCAACCCUAAUGACAGAGUCAGCUUAGAGGAGGUAAUCGAGGCCCUUCGAGGAAAAGACCUAGUGAAUUUCGAGGAGCGGUGGGAGACUCUGAGACCGAACAUCAGAGAAACAAGAAGUUCUAGCCUCAAGGAGUUACGAGCAACAAUGGAUUCUGAUCUUUGGCAAGGAGUCCCCGAGGAGAAGCCCUCCACAACUCCCCAGGCUCGUUUCAGGCUGGGACCCGAUGAGCCCUUGAAAAACCCCGAGCUGAGGUCUCAAAUAAGUCAAGAGUCCGGGUCUGAAACCGAGGAGGAGAGUUGGAGGGGGCGAGUGGAGAGAGGUGCCUACACUGAAAAAGUCAAGCAAAAAUCCAAAUCAAUCGCUGAUCUCAUGGUUCUGGUACAUAUUGACGAUGACUCCGAGGCUGAGUGGUCUCUAGGCCCUCAAGUGGCUGAAAAACCGAGGAAAAAGAUCAACUCCUCCGGGAGUGUUGGGGAUCUGCCCUCUGUAAUUGCUGACGAGUUCGACGAGGCUCUGCGGAAACUUCGAGAUAUAAGUUCCAAUAACGCUGAGCGAGAACCAUCGAACGAAGAAGUCAUUGAGGUGACAAUCGAGCCCAUUCCCAGGGAGCACAUCAGGGACUUUAGCUCGACUCCAAAAGCCUCGAGAGCCCAGGGACCACCACCAACCGAAUCCACAAACACGUUCGUAGACGUGGAACUCUGGAAAGAUGCUUUGGAAUUCGAAUUGGAGCGCAAGAAUACUGGAUUUGAGUCAAUCAACUUCGAGGAAAUAAUUGAAUCCGAGAAGAUCGAAGCAGUUCCUGACCUUUUGGAGACGUUUCCAUCAGCCCCAGAUACCCCCCAGUCGCGAGGGGAGAUAUCAGUGGACAACGAGGACUUUUCGAACGGUGAGGAUUCCACACCAAACAGUAGAAGAAAACCUGGGGAUCCUCACGAUGAGGAGGACGAACGGAAGCAUUUGAGCACUCCCGAUGAUGAGAGAAGCUCCGACAGUGGUUUCAGGGACAAGGAGUCCUGUGAAGAAGAGGAGAAUAAUGUUUGCAUGUUCAAUUCUGGAAUUUCCCAUUCAACAACUGAAGAAGAACAGCUGAAGAUCCUUUAUGAACUUGAUACGAUUCUCGACGCUGAGUAUUGUGGUAGUUACGAGGAGGAACGGCCCUCCAAUACCCUCAGAAUCAGUCAUGAGGACGAGAGUACGGAGAGUAUAAGUCAACCCACUGAGAGGAUUAAUGGAUCUUUGACGGAUCCUGUAGAUAGUGUAAUUACUGUAGAUAAAGAAGUAGAUAAUUGUACAAAUGUUAGGCAUGAAGAGCCCAGUGGAUCCAAUCCUUCGGGUUCAAGAGUCAAUGAGCAUGAUGAUCAUGAAGGUGAGGAUGAUGACAGUUCGACGAUGUCACUACGAAGUGACAAUUCUUACGUUUCCUUUAACCUGGACGAGGAAUUCGUGGCUGCGAUCAGAAAUGAGCUCAGGGAGAAGCUGCCGAGGGCUCAGCUGGCAGUGGUGGAGUCCCAGGAAUUGAGGGACGAAGAGGAGCCGUCAGUGAAUAGUGUUCAAGACACUGACACCACAUCUUGGGGGUCGAAUGAGGAGCAAGAGAGCUCUGGGCCUGGAAACAUUGACAUUGCUAUUAGGUACAAUAUCUAUGGGACUCCAUUGAGCCCCAUCCUGGAGGAGAGGGAGAGUGCGGUGACUUCAGAGUCCUUUGCGUCGAGAGAUGACUCCAGAGAGGCCUCUGAGGCUUCCAGACUCUCGCUUUCUGAGGAUGUUAUCGUGGUGGAUACAAGGACGAAUAAAGUUGUUCUGGUGGAGGGAAACGAGAGGAAGAAUCCUGAGGAGGAUCGAGACACAUGUGGAGACAUCUCUGAUGACGAGAGCAUGGAUUGCCAGGCUAAUGUGGGCCAGAAGUCCCAGUCCCAAACGAAGAGCAGAACCUCCAGUGGUGCCCCUCUUCCCAGUCCCGAGGAGGAGUCCAAGUGGCAGGCGCAAUUUCCCAUUCCUCUGCAGCUCCAGGACGAUCUCAUGUCGACGAGUUUCAGUACCGAGCACGAAUGGGACAGCCAAGAUGAGUACGAGGAGGGAGGGGGAGAGGAGAGGGCUGAGGUCGAGGAUGAGGAGAAUAGUUCGAGUUCAGGGGAGUUUGUGUGGAAGAGAUACAGUGAGGAGAGCUGCAGGGAGGAUGUCACCCCAACGACCCACGACGUGGGAAAAAUUGAGGAGGAGGAUGAGGAAGAAGAGGAGGAGGAGUUCACCCCUUCUGCCUGGGACGCAACCCUGGCGCCCCACAGAUCAGCGCUGAGGUCUCCAGAGAAAAAUCUGAAGAGUGGGGAGUUUUGUGUUUUUUCUUGCUCCCAGGAUGAACUGGAUCAGAAGAAGAACGUGUGGUUCAAAAAGCAGCGUUACCACUGCGUGUACGAGUACCCGAAGGAGACUCACUCGUCGGACUUCCCGAGCCCAGCAGCGACCACCUGGGAGCCCACCACUUACGCCGACUGGGAGGAGAUGAUGGAUGAGCCCCGUCUCGACGUCUACCCACUGGACUACGACGAGUCUAACCACCUGGGUGACGACGAGUUCUUCGUCAGCAGUGGUAAUAGACCCUUCCAAUUUCAAGCUGGGGAUGGAAAGUAUGUGAGUCAAUUUUUCCCAGGGGCAAACCUUGGUCUGACAUCUGACGACGAUGCCACCGGACCCAGUGAUAAUCAUCAAGUGCAGUUGGGAGAGCUGCGGCACACUCGUGACAAAUUGAAGCUCAAUCUGCCGAGUAAUCAGGAGAAUCAUUCACUGGUCCAUCUGUUGAAUGACACAAGAGAAAUGGAGGAGUCAGUGGACGAUGAGAGUGAAGAGAGUGAAGUUAAGAUUGAGAAAAAGGAGAACAGCUCGGAGUCGUCUCUCUCCAAGGAUGAUCAGUCCUUCAGAUCAGUCCUCAGAUCUCCAGAAGUAUCGGAGAGAAGAAUCGUCGAGGAUGAGAGUGCAGACGAAAUGAGUGAACUCGAAGCCUCUAAGACUGAAAACCCGAGCCAUCCUAAAUCGUCCGGGAGGCCACUAGUAAUGACAACUAAAGAAGAAACUGAUACUAAAGUUGAUGGUGAAGUUGGAGAUAAUGAAGAGAGUGAUCAGAAGAAGGAGACUCCACGUCGGGAUGAGAGUGUUACGAAACCCUCUAUCAUCGAAGAGAUCAUUGAGACGUGCAGUGUCAUUGAGAAACCUGGUGAAAACGAUAAUCCGGCCUGAAACGUCCAUGUCUAAUUCGCAUUGUAAAUUACAACCGUCCGGUGUAAUCUUGGGGGGUACUAGAUUUAUUUGGAGGAAGGGGAAUGGCAUAUAUCAAAAAAUGAUAUUGGAAUGUAUGAGAAAAUUCGGUAGAAUGAUUCUAUUGGAAUUCAUUCAUUUCUUCGUUGAAGUUUUUAUUUAAAAAAGUCUAAAUGUUGACUUAUUCGCUGUACGUUUUAGUUCUCAUGAGAAAAUUCAACGGAAAAUAGAACGAAAAAUCCUCAUAGCGUUUCAAAUUUGAGAAGAGACGGCAUAUGUUAAAAAACGUAUGAACAAACUCGAUAGAAUUAUGCAAUUGAAAUUUUAUUUAUUGGUGAGGAAAUUUUCUACUAUAAAACAUCUUGUUUUUUAUAUUAAUAAUGUAUUUAAAAUCAUGAAAAAUUGGCGAAAGAAAUAUUCUAUUAUACGAUUUCCAAUAGAAUUCCUUGAUGAUACCAAUAAAAGUUUUCUAUUAAUUUUUUGCAUACAUGAAAACCGGAAACUUUCUAGAGAGCUCAAUUGGCCAAAGUCCGUCCGAAAGAACUCCUUCACAAAGAGAAUAAAAAUUAAACUUCAUUUAUCUGUCUUGUAAAUAUCCGCCGAGUACGCGUUCAUUAAUCAAGUACUCUCUUAAUUUUAUUUAAAACUUCAGAUUGUGAUAAUCUGGAGGUCUUUACCGAAUGUAAAUAUGUAUUAAUUUAAUCGUAGAUGCACUAAGUGUUGUGCCUAAACAUUGAAUUAUCCUCAGUUUUAUUUUAAUUUGUGGUAAAUCAAUCGUUAUUUUAUCGUUGAAAAUAUUAACAUAGGUAUUAGUAAUUUUUGUUUUAACAUUUAGUGACAUAAUCUGAAAGGGGUAAUUUUCAAAGGUACUUUUUAAUUGUUAUUUGCUAGCGCCAAAACAGCUCUCUAUUCGUGAAAACGUAUAUUUAUUAAUUUCUCGAGUAAAGACAUGAGAAAAUUAACGAGGAAAAAAUGAUGGGGAAAUAUCAUUUGAGCAAGUUAGCCUGUGAUAAUGGAAACUACGAGAUAAUUUUUCUUUUCUAUUUGGAAAUGGAUCUGUGAUUGAUGAUAAAAAGGGGUGGAAUACGAUCAUUAAUUACUUUUUUAUGUAUUUACCUGAAAUUUUCAAUUAGAUUAAAACGAGAAUAUCCUAUUGACUAUUUCAACGCACACUUUUACGUAAAUUUUUGUUUUUUAGAAAUAGGAUACACCUAUUAUACUACACGAGUGAAAUAUUUUUUCUCUCAUUCUGUCGAUUUAACGAAUGAAUACCAAAAAAGGAACAUUAAUUGGAAUGAAAAACGACUUUUCCUUCGUAUUGUCUAAUCGAAGAAUAUUGCAAUAUUAAUUUUACCCCAUAAACUCGAUAUUUCGCUCAUUACAUUGUUGAUAAAGAAUAACUAAAGCAUUUUAUUUAUAAAAGUAGUACACGACGUGCUCGAUAAGUUGAUUUUACAAUUUGUGUUGAUAAAAUCUCGAGGAAAAUCAAGUAAACAUAAGUUCUUUACAAUUCAAAAGUUAAAUCAAAGGUCCAGUAAACUGACUGAAUGCUCUCGAAGGCAAAAUAUAACGGCAAUGGAAAGGAGGGAAGUCACCAAAUGAUAGCAAUUGUUAUCGCUAUACAUUAGCAACUGUAGAUGCUCGGCUUUUCCGGCUGUCGUCAUUCAAGAGAACACCCAGAUGCACCAUCGCUACAAUUUGUAGGAUAUUACAAUGAAUAGAGGACGAUUAAUAUAUUGCUA